AUUCCCUUCAUAACGAUCAGGAUGCUGACGAGUGUCGCGUCGAUGCUAAGAGCACCCCGCUUGCAUUCAGCCCGCUGGUUGAGCGUGGCGACCAAGGCGACACAGUUCAAGGUGGAGAUGCUGGGCGGAAAGGACGCUGGUAUUGCCCUCUUCACCAUGGACCGCCCUGACGCACGCAAUGCGCUGGGCCGCCAGUUCAUGGCCGAGUUCCGCCACGCGCUGGACCAGGUCCGCUUCGACACCAAAGUGCGCGUCGUGAUCUUGCGUAGCGUCGUCCCCAGAGUUUUCUGCGCGGGUGCGGACUUGAAAGAACGUCUGGGUAUGACGCAGCCAGAGGCGGCGGCUUGCUCACGUGGCUAUCGCACAGGGUUUACUGACCUGGAGCAGCUUCCCAUGCCCACCAUUGCUGCCAUCGAAGGGGCAGCACUUGGUGGCGGUAUGGAGAUGGCGCUCGCCUGCGACCUCCGCAUCGCUGGCGCCAAGGCAAUUCUCGGCUUUCCAGAGACGUCUCUUGCUAUCCUUCCAGGAGCUGGAGGCACCCAGCGCGCGUCGCGUCUAAUUGGCAUCUCAAAGGCCAAAGAGCUAAUCUUCACAAGUCGUCGUCUCAAUUCGGAGUCCGCCGAGAAAGUCGGCCUAGUUGACUAUGCUGUGCCUGAAGGGAAGGCGUAUGACAAGGCACUAGAACUUGCACGCGAGAUCCUACCCAACGGCCCGGUUGGUGUCCGCAUGGCCAAGGAGGCUAUCAUGAGGGGUUCCGAAGUGGACAUCGCUUCCGGAAUGGCCAUCGAAAAUGCUUGUUACGCACAGGUGAUCCCUACCAAGGACCGUAUCGAAGGGCUGGUCGCUUUCAAGGAGAAGCGCAAACCGCAGUACAACGGCGAGUGAAUGCCCGGGGAGUUAGACGGAAACGUUACACCCUUAUGCAUAACUUGAC